CUCACAGAUUCUCCUCCAGAAUCAUUUUCGCUAUAUUAAUCAUCCUCUUCUCUCUCUCAUAACCCGCACUCCACAAAGCUAGGGGAAGAGAUAUGGCUCGCCUUACUAUUACCUUGGUCUCUUCCAUCCUGCUAUUCCUCUUCUCCGCCGCUGUCGCUGGAUCAAGCUUCAGCGAUUCUAACCCAAUCAGACUUGUCUCCGACCGUCUUCGUGACUUCGAAGCCUCUGUCGUUAAAGUCGUCGGCGAAACUCGCCAUGCUCUUCGCUUCGCCCGUUUUGCUUACAGGUACGGGAAGAGGUACAAGACCGAGGAGGAAAUGAAGCUGAGGUUCGCGAUUUUCUCGGAAAAUUUGGAUUUGAUCAGAUCCACGAACAAAAAGGGUUUGCCAUAUACUCUUGCUGUUAAUGAUUUUGCUGAUUGGACCUGGGAAGAAUUCCAAAAGCACAGAUUGGGAGCUGCUCAGAAUUGCUCUGCCACCACAAAAGGCAGUCACAAGCUUACUGACGUUGUUCUUCCUGAAACAAAAGACUGGAGGGAAAUAGGCAUAGUCAGCCCGGUUAAAAAUCAGGGCCACUGUGGUUCUUGCUGGACUUUCAGUACCACUGGAGCUCUUGAAGCAGCCUAUCAUCAGGCUUUUGGAAAAGGAAUCUCUCUGUCUGAGCAACAGCUUGUGGAUUGUGCCGGAGCUUUUAAUAACUUCGGCUGCCAUGGUGGAUUGCCAUCACAAGCCUUUGAGUAUAUCAAAUAUAAUGGUGGUCUUGAAACUGAGGAAUCAUAUCCCUACACUGGAGAAGAUGAUACCUGCAAAUUCUCAUCUGAAAAUGUUGCCAUCCAAGUGCUCGAUUCUGUUAACAUUACCCUUGGUGCUGAAGAUGAAUUAAAGCAUGCAGUUGCCACGGUUCGUCCUGUGAGUGUAGCUUUCCAAGUAGUAAGUGGUUUCCGUUUUUACAAGAGUGGAGUUUACACUAGUGAUGUUUGUGGCGGCACUCCAAUGGAUGUGAACCAUGCUGUUCUUGCAGUGGGAUAUGGAGUCGAAGAUGGUGUCCCAUAUUGGCUGAUCAAGAACUCAUGGGGGGAAAAUUGGGGUGAUCAUGGCUAUUUUAAGAUGGAGCUGGGCAAAAACAUGUGUGGUGUUGCAACUUGCGCAUCAUAUCCCGUUGUAGCUUAAUGUAAUUUCGAAGACGAAUGCCCUUUGAUUAGUAAUUUGUGGUACAAGAUUCCAGUUUCAGUUACAAAUGAAGUUAGGAUGAAAGGUUGUGAUGUAAUGAUAUUGGUUUCAUUUCAUGUAUAAAAUAAGAAUCUGGGAUUGUUAUCUCAUAUACAAGAAGAAAGAUAUUGUGUAAAUUAUAACUUGAUUUAUGUUAAGUAGCAUAAUAAGAAA